AUGGAUAGUGCCGGUCACAACCAAAACCUCGCUCACACCAAAUGCAUGGAAGCUUUGCUGCAGUUCCCCGGUUGGGGAUACUUGAUAACUCUUCAAAAUCACGACUUACUCACCAAGAGUGUCUAUGAAUUGGAUCGAGUUUUCGAACUGUUGGGCGGGGCCAACGACAUGCAAGCGGGACCCGAAAACCUUUCAUUCAGAGUGAAGGAAUUGAAAUGGGAUCCGUUGACAUUGAAGUUGUUUCGAGACGAGUCUUCAGUCCCAGGCGAGGUCCUCCACAGCAGCCUCACUAUCUCUUCCGGUGGCAUUGAGGCGUCAUUGACCCGCGCAGCAGUCCGUUGGCUCAUUGAGACUGUCGACUUGUCAGUGUUUAUCAACCAACGAAACAAGUCGAAUUACGGAGGUGAUGAACAGUUUAUUGCUACAUUUCAAGUAAAUGGACAACUAGGAAUGCCCGGCCAUUUUACGACAGAAUGCAUGGAACGAGGAAUCAAAGUUGAACAAGUGACACGGUCAAUGACAUCACGUCAUGAUGCCUGUCUCUACGGGGUAGAGGACCUCCAACCUAUCGGAGAAUUGCCUUUCUUGGUAUGGAACAAGGCUUACCCAAAAUUUGAUUGGGCAAUCAUAGACUGUACUGCAGAAUUAUUGUUUAACAGAACAUUUUUGGGUCAAGAGGACUUGUUGGAUGAAGAAUAUUACAGCAAUUUAAUAAUGGUAGAUUACAACAAGCACCAUAGAGAGCCUGGCUUCAGUCUGAAUUGCUCUUGGAGUAAGAAAGCAAGAUCCUAUGAGGACUAUCUUUAA